CCACGCCUCCCGCACACCAGCAAACCACCAAGACGCGACCGACCGCAAUUGAAUUCACGACUCUGGGACUGCUCAUUGAGGUACCUGCGCACUAAGCGACCGCCCUGUAAUCGAGCAGGAAUCCCCACUGCAGCACCUGGACGAAACCACGACCCGACUGCCGUCAUGGGCCUUUUCAUCCUAGCAGAGACGAGCGCCGGCUAUGCGCUUUUCAAGGCGAAGGACAAGAAGUUGUUGAAGAGCGAAACCCUAGCUGAGGACAUUUCUUCAGUCCACGGCGCCGUCAGCGCAUUGAAGCUCAAAAAAUUUAUGAAAUUUGAAAGUGCAGCAACUGGCCUUAACGAGGUUGCGGCCCUUAUCGACGGCAAGGUCACGCCCAUGUUGACCUCUCUCCUCAACGAGCUCAAAGACGAGACAAAGGGAUCUCUCGCCGUAGCAGACCCCAAGCUCGGCAACGCCAUCUCGAACCUCCCAGGCCUUUCCAUCAAGCCCGUCGCCGACUCCUCGACCCAGGAAAUUUAUCGUGCCAUUCGCGAGCACAUUGCAUCACUCAUUCCAGACAUGGCCGCUGAAGCAAAUGGCGCAAACCUGGGUUUGGCGCAUUCGCUAUCCCGUUACAAGUUGAAAUUCUCGCCGGAUAAGGUGGAUACGAUGAUCGUUCAGGCAAUUGGAAGCUUGGACGUAAUGGACAAGCAAUUGAACACAUACGCUAUGAGGGUGAAGGAGUGGUACGGCUGGCAUUUUCCAGAACUGGCCAAGAUUCUGAACGACAACCUGGCGUAUGCCCGUGUGGUCCUGACUAUGGGAUUUCGAUCAAACUCUAGAAAGGCAGAUCUCUCGUCGAUACUUCCCGAAGAAAUCGAAGCCGCUGUGAAAGCCGCUGCCGAAAUCUCCAUGGGCACAGAGAUCACAGACGAGGACAUGGACACCAUCACCACCCUUGCCGAGCAAGUCGUCGACCUUUCCGAAUACCGUCAGCAAUUAUCCAGCUACCUGACUACUCGUAUGCACGCUCUCGCCCCCAACCUCACCGCUCUCGUUGGCGAAUUGGUUGGCGCUCGACUGAUUGCCCACGCUGGAUCUCUCAUGAACCUCGCCAAGGCUCCUGGUUCUACAAUACAAAUCCUGGGAGCCGAGAAGGCACUCUUUAGAGCAUUGAAGACGAAGCACGACACACCAAAAUACGGACUGAUCUACCACGCCUCCCUCAUCGGCCAAGCGACCGGAAAGAACAAAGGUAAAAUUGCCCGCAUGCUUGCCUCCAAAACUGCCCUCGGUCUCCGCAUCGACGCACUCAGCGACUGGGGCAUCUCGUCUGAGAGCACGAAAGAUGAGCCCGCCGAAGAGGAGAAAUCUGCCAUGGGACGAGACGCCAAGCUUCGCAUCGAAAGAAGGCUCAAGGCGCUUGAAGGCAAGCCACUCAAGAGUUUGGUCAACGCAAAUCAAACCCCACUAGCGGGCCAGAAGAAAUGGGAGGUCAAGGAGGCACGGAAGUACAACCCCGAUGCAGAUGGUCUGACGGGAGAUGAACCAGCUGCGAAGAAAGCUAAGACGGCAAUGACGAAUGGCGUGGCGCCGAAAAAUAAACUCGUACAGGAGGUUGAUAGCGAGGACGACGAAAUGGUUGACGCGGACGCUGGAGCGCAGGAGACAGAAUCUGAAGACGAGGAAAAGGCACCCGAAGCGAAAGCUGACAUGAAAGCCGCAAAGAAGGCAGAGAAGGAGGCGAAGAAGGCACGGAAAGCAGAACGUGCGGCAAAGCGAGAAGCUAAGGCUGCGAAGAAAGCUGCGAAGGAGGCCAAGAAGUCAGAGAGGGAUAACAAGAAGAGGAAGCACGAUGAUGAGGGCGAGAAGGUGGAAAAGAAGAAGAAGAAGAAGAGCAAAGAGUAAAGUCUUGAUGAAAAAAGGUCGCUGGGUAGUUGCUAUGUUGUCGGCUGAUCUUUUCCUUGAUCAAUGUCAAAAUGGUAAGUUGCGGAGUUUGGCGUGCUGUUUGCUCAUCUACUGGCGACUGGCGCACAACUUGGCUGGUGGGCUGGGACAUUGCAUAUCUGAUGUAUAUUUCUUUUUGAGCCCUCUAUUGAGGUGGGCGAGAGGGAGGGUAUCGCAUUAAGGGGGUGUGUGUAGAGGAAUACCCGCAACGACAAGAGUCAUUGAAAAGUUCAAACCCAUGUUCCGUUAUGAAAUGUACCCGAUACCUCAUCCACACCAGC